CCAAGUUGCUUCCAGGCAUAAACCAUGCUGCAGGUUGUGUUAGUUUUCGGUUAAAUUGGAGCUAAUCUGGAGUUUAAACCGUUUUUCCGGUCACUGCAGGGCUGAUUAAUGCUAAUACUAUGAUUUAGUUUCAGUUCUGCAUCUGCCGUUAGCGCUCUGGGUCAGAGUGGAUCGGUACCAGCACAAACUGGGUUUGUUUGGCUUUGUGUUCUCAGCUGGAGCUAGCUUAGCGCUGCUAGCUGUCCGUGGACAUGGGGGACGUGUUGGAUCCACGGGAUGUGGAGAGGGCGAAAAGCUUCUGGGCGGAGAAGGACGUGGAGCAGGUCUUCACCGGGGUCUCCCAGUACCUGGACCACCUGAAGCAGGCCCUGCAGAGGAAGACGGCUCUAGAUAAAGAGUACGUCCAGGCCCAGAGGCUGCUGGAGUGUCUGGACCUCGUUCCUCUCGGGUCUCCUCCGGACCAGGACCAGGACUCCUCCGUGGUCCAGGUGGUCAUCGGUUCAGGAGGGCUGCUGCCAGCUCACUUCAACGGACUGUCGCCCCCUGCUGGCAGAGAGGAGCUGCUACCUCCGCUGGCGCCGGUCCAGCUGCAGUACCACCCUCACCCCUGCUGCAAGGCCUGCCUGCCCGGGUUACCCAGAACCCCCCAGUCCAGCUCGCAGCUGUACGGCCAGAACCCGCUGAAGGUGCCGCUGCUGUGCGGCUUCAAGAGGCUGAGCGCCAUGCCGCUAGUGUCCCCGACCGGAACCGGCCCGGACGGCCUGGACGUGGCUGUUGCCGGGGGCGACUGGGACGUCAUCUACAAGACGCCGUGCGGACAGAGCCUCAGAAACUUCCAAGAAGUCGAGUCCUUCCUAUCGGCGACGGAGAGCCACGACGUCCUGCAGGUGGACUACUUCACCUUCAACCACCUGGUGCAGCUGGACCCGACCCCUCUGCCGGCGCAGCCGCAGAACGACCUGAGCCGGGGGGCGGAGCCUGUUCCCGUGGAGCUGGUGCUGGGCGAGGGGGGAGGCCGGCCCGCGGGCUUCCGGUACCGGAAGGACCGCUGGCCGCACGGCUGCUUCCUGAGCCGCGGCGCCGCGCUGUUCGACACCUGCUGCGACUGCAGCGACGGCUGCAGCGAGGCGCGGCGCUGCGCCUGUGUUGCCAUGACGACCGGGGGGCGGGGCUACAGCUACCAGAGGCUGCUGGAGCCGGUCCAGUCAGGCCUGUUUGAGUGCGGUCCGUGGUGCGGCUGCGACCGGGCCCGCUGCCAGAACCGGCUGGUCCAGAGAGGGGUCAGAGUUCGUCUCCAGGUCUUUGAGACCGAGGAUCGGGGCUGGGGUGUCCGUUGCCGUGACGACCUGGACCGAGGCACGUUCGUCUGCAUCUACGCAGGCGUGGUUCUGCAGCGGGCCCACAGCCCCACGGAGCCGCUGCCCCCCAAGCUGACCCGGGCCGAGCUGCCUUCAGACGACGAGGUGGAGGUCGUCACCGAGUGGCUGGCCCCGCCCAUCCUGGAGGCGCGCAGCGACCUGCUGGAGGCCCCGCCCCCUCCGACAGGCUCCGCCCCCUCCACGCAGCACGUCCCAGUGAUCCAGAGACCCGGCGAGUCCAGCGGCGCCGCUCAGAACCACGACCAGGUUGGUUCUGACCAGGUUGGUUCUGACCAGGUUGGUUCUGACCAGGUUGGUUCUGACCAGGACGGAGGCCUGGCUGAAGUGAGGGUUGCCGUGUCGAUGGACAUCCAGGAGGACGGCAGCCCGACGAGUUUCAAACGAGGAGCAGAGAGAGAGGAAGUCUGCUUCAUCGACGCCAGCAAGGAGGGAAACGUCGGACGCUUCAUCAACCACAGCUGCCAACCCAACCUGUUCAUCCAGAACGUCUUCACGGACUCCCAUGACCCCGCCUUCCCGGUCAUCGCCUUCUUCACCAACAGGGUGGUGAAAGCUGGCACUGAGCUCACCUGGAACUACUCUGACGCUCACACCUCCACCUCAGAGCAGGAACAGGAAGUGCCCUGUCUCUGCCGUAGCAACGGUUGCCAGGGAUGGCUCCACCUGGAGGAGAAGCUGUGUGACGUCUGUGCAGCUGAAGGUCCAGGAGCGACGGAGGAAAACUGAGUUAUGCUGCAGCUUCUUACUGAUUCCUAUUCUAAAAGUGUUAAUGUUGUAAAAUCUGUUUGAGCUUAUUUGUUAUUUAAAAAGUUGUGCAAUUGAAAAAAUAUUUUCAUAAAGUACUUUGAAAUGUU